GCAGGCGGGCGGCGGGGGGCGGAAGCGGAAGCGGAAGCGGAAGCGCGGGCGGCGGCGGCGCGGCCGGAGCAGACAAAGAGGCGCGCGGCGGGCAGCGAGAGGAGGGAGCGUCGCCGCGGCGCAGUUCCGCUUCCGCCGCCGCGCGCACGCGGCUCCGCUUCCGGCGUAGGCGCCGGUGCCGGCGGGCGCGGCAUGGCGGCGCCGCGCGGGCCGCAGGGCGCUGGGCCCGGGCCGCCGGUGGGCUCCGGCUCGGGCCCCGGCUCGGGCCCCCGCGUGUGCUUCGCGGCGGCGGCGGCGGAGGCGGAGGAGGCGCCGGGGCGCCGGCAGGGCAAGGUCACCGUCAAGUACGACCGGCGCGAGCUGCGCCGCCGCCUCCACCUCGAGGAGUGGAUCCUGGCGCAGCUCACGGCGCUCUACGACUGCCAGGAGGAGGAGAUCCCCGAGCUGGAGAUCGACGUGGACGAGCUGCUGGACAUGGAGAGCGACGGCGCCCGCAGCGCCCGCGUGCAGGUACCCCCGAACCGGGGGGGUCCCCGACUCUGGGGGGGGGCACGAGGCCCCGGGGGGGUCCCCUAA